UUCUACACGGGACUUUCCCCUCCUUCGUCCCUAAAAAGGAGGGGGAAAAGUCGGAUUUUGAAGGCGAGCAGGAAAACACGGCUCGUCAAUAAGCAACGACGCCGAGUUUUGUGGAUAUAUUAUAUUUUUAAUCGUCAGAAAUAUGGCCGAGAACGUUCUGGACUCUGGCCCGCCUUCAGCCAAGAGGCCUAAACUCUCUUCUCCGGCACUUUCCGUCUCCGCCAGCGAUGGAAACGACUUUGCUUCACUUUUUGACCUGGAGCAUGACCUUCCAGAUGAGCUUAUUAACUCCUCAGAGCUGGGUUUGACGAAUGGAGGAGACCUUGGGCAGCUUCACACUAGCUUGGGUGGUACUGGAGCAGUGGGCAGUGGGCUUGGAGUGGUCGGCACUGCUGGACAAGAUGCUGCAGCAAAGCACAAGCAACUGUCGGAGCUUCUCCGUUCUGGUGCGCCACUCUUAUCUGCUCAACAACAGCCAGGAGGCAGUCCUGCAGGUGCAUCCAUGACUCUUAUGGGUGGUAUGAAGGCAUCUCCGGGGCCCCAGAAUGUCGUCCCCCAGGGGCAGCAGCAUCUCUCACCUCAACAGGCCAGUCUGAUGCAGCAGCAACAGAUGGCAGGGAUGGUGGGUGGCAUGAACAGGGCUGUACUUGGACCUCAAAAGGGCAAUGGCCAACAGCAGCCUGGGGGCCUAACACCUCAGCAGCAAGGCAUGAUGGGAGGACAACUGUUGAAUGGCACACCACGAAUGGGCUACCACAGUCCAGCCAUGGGCAGUAACAGUAACCUCUUGGUGGACACCUUGCAACAGCAGCAGGCAGGAGGAGGACAGGGUGGACUAAGAGCACAGCAGCCUGGAGCACUGAACAAGAUGGGGAUGAUGGGAGGUGCAGGACCCUAUGGAGGCCCCUACGGUCAGAAUGCAGGCCAGAGUAUGGGUAGUGGUGGGCUCACUCCACAGCUCAUGAACAAACCAGGUUUGCCCAACAGCCUGGCUCAAUUUAACAUGGACAAAAAAACACAGCCCAUGCCUGGCAUGCCAACUAUGGCUUCUCAGCAGCCAGCAACAGGUGGUGCAGGAGCUGGUGGAGCAUCUGGGAUGGUACCCAAUGCCCAGGGAGGUCUCGGUCCUCCAUUGGCGGCCUCAGUCGUUGGAGGAGCGGGUGUUGCUCCAACAGCCGACCCAGAGAAGCGCAAACUUAUACAGCAGCAGCUGGUCCUUUUGCUCCAUGCCCACAAAUGCCAGAGACGAGAGCAAGCUAAUGGGGAAAUACGACAGUGCAACCUGCCCCACUGCCGCACUAUGAAGAACGUCCUCAACCACAUGACACACUGCCAGGCUGGCAAGUCAUGCCAGGUGGCACAUUGUGCCUCAUCCAGACAAAUCAUCUCACAUUGGAAGAACUGCACACGGCAAGAUUGCCCUGUCUGUCUGCCCCUAAAGAAUGCAGGAGAUAAGAGGAAUCAGCAGUGUGAGUCCCUGCUUGGCACUGCUAACGUGGGCUUAGGCCCUUCAUUGGGUGCUGCACCAGGUGGUCCACACAGCGCUCCCAAUCUUAACACCCCAGGUCAGAUAGACCCGAGUUCUAUUGAGCGGGCGUAUGCAGCUCUUGGGCUUCCUUACCAGGGUAACCAGGCACCCUCUCAACCUGGUCAACAACCAUCUCGGUCACUAAACGCUAUGGGUGGGAAUGCAAUGGGUGUAAAUGGAGCUGUUGGUGUCCAGCCUCAAAACCAAGCAUCUAGCCUUCUUCAGGAUCCUAUGAUGCAUCUCACCAUGAAUGCUCAGAGCCUGAUGAAUGACAGCAGUGGUGUGGGCAGUAUGGGUUCACUGCCUGUGGCCACUCCAGCUGCCGGUCCUGGAAUGAGAAAAAGCUGGCAUGAGGACAUUACCCAGGAUCUUCGUAACCACCUCGUCCACAAACUUGUCCAAGCCAUCUUCCCUACCCCAGAUCCAGCUGCACUGAAGGACCGGCGCAUGGAGAAUCUAGUGGCUUAUGCUCGUAAAGUAGAAGGAGACAUGUAUGAAUCUGCAAACAGCAGGGCAGAGUACUAUCACUUAUUAGCUGAAAAAAUCUACAAGAUUCAGAAGGAAUUGGAGGAGAAGCGGCGGAUGAGGCUGCAGAAGCAGGGCAUGGUGCCGAAUCAGCCUGGAAUGCCUUCUACUGGCAUUCAGCAGCCCCCUUCUGGCAUUGGACAGCAAGUGCCACAAACAGGGCUCCCCCCAAAUAGCCCCCUGUCAGAUCCAUCAAUGGUGAGGCCUACAGGACCAAACCAGAUGGUGAAUAGGAUGCAAAACCCUGCUGGAAUGAAUCUAUUCAAUCAAAUGCAGACUAUGGGCCAGAGGUCCACUCCUCCACUUCCACUCGGUGGGCCCCUCAAUCAGAUGGGCAUGAGCCCUGCGAGGAUGGCACCGCCUAAUGUUGCACAAAUGCCGAAUCAGUACCUUCCUGCUGGCCAGUUUCAGGGUUCAAGCCCAAUGCUUGGCACUAGUCCUGUUGGUAUGGCACAGCCUGGCACUCAGGGUGGCAUGACACAGCAUGGCCAGAUGUCCACCCCACCAGCUAUGCCAGCCAGUAGUCCUUUAGCUCAGCCUGGUUCUGUUGGUGGAAUGGGUAGUGGGACCUCAGUUGGUUCUCUAGGCCCCAGCAAUGUUGUUGGAGUUCCUCAGCCAGCCACCCCCUCUCAAUCCAUCGGCCUUUCUCAUUGUCCAACCGUCCGACAGAGCUCUCCCUCCCCAGCACGCAGUCGCACACCCACUCCACACCUUACACCCCCUCCAAGCCUACCAGGCUCCCAGACUCCACAGCCUCACACCCCUAGCAUGCCCCAGAUAAACACAGGUGCCAGUCAGGGGCAGAAACCUCAGCCUGCCAACUCUGAGAAAGCCAUGCAGCUUCAGCAGCAGCCAUUAGGAGGGGCACCUUCAACACCCAACUCUGCACUUGCGCCUCAGCAUCCGCCUACUCCAUUAUCUCAGAAAGGCUCUCUGCCGGUAGACGCCCAGGCUGCCACUCCUGCCUCUGUCGGCAGUGUGGACACCUCCUCCCAGCAAGUCUCCUCAGAUGUCACUGCUACUCUUGAACCCAAGGUGGAGGUUAAGCAACCAAAGGAGGAAGAGGAGGAUGAAGAGGUGGAUGAUAAGGUGUCAAUAAAGGGAGGUGGUACAGGAAAUAAAGGGGAUAUAAAGACUGAGGAGAAGCCCAAGAUAAAGAAGGAAGAAACAUCAAAUGAGGAUUGCAAAGGUACUCCUAUGGAAACAUGCAAAGCAGAGGAGGAGGACAAAAAGCCUGAACUUAAGACUGAACCUAAAGAGGAGGAUGUUGGUUCAGUUACCCCCAGUUUGCCAUCUGGAACCCCAAACAAAAAGAAGAUCUUCAAACCUGAGGAGUUGAGACAGGCCCUGAUGCCCACUCUUGAGUCUCUCUACCGGCAGGAUCCUGAGUCUCUUCCCUUUCGCCAGCCAGUGGAUCCAUCACUUCUGGGAAUACCGGAUUAUUUUGACAUUGUAAAGAAUCCCAUGGACUUGUCAACUAUCAAAAGGAAACUUGACACAGGCCAGUAUCAGGAGCCAUGGCAAUAUGUGGAUGACAUCUGGCUUAUGUUCAACAAUGCCUGGCUCUACAAUCGGAAGACGUCACGAGUCUACAAAUACUGCUCCAAGCUGGCAGAGGUGUUUGAGCAAGAGAUUGACCCUGUCAUGCAAAGCCUUGGCUAUUGCUGUGGGAAAAAGCUGGAAUUUUCUCCUCAAACUCUCUGCUGCUAUGGCAAGCAGUUGUGCACUAUACCACGAGACGCUGCCUACUUUAGUUUCCAGAACAGUUCACCAAAAUAUGGACUUCUUGCUGACAGGUAUCACUUCUGUGAGAAGUGUUUCAACGAGAUCCAGGGUGAGAGUGUGUCCUUAGGGGACGAUCCAUCACAGCCUCAGACGUCCAUUAACAAGGAGCAGUUUGAAAAAAAGAAGAAUGAUACACUUGACCCAGAGUUAUUUGUGGAAUGUUUAGACUGUGGCCGUAAAAUGCAUCAGAUCUGUGUACUACACAAUGAAACUAUUUGGCCAGCAGGUUUUGUUUGUGAUGACUGUCUGAAGAAGUCAAACAAGAACCGCAAAGAAAAUAAAUAUUCUGCUAAAAGGCUACCACAAACUAAACUGGGCAACUAUCUGGAAACUCGUAUUAAUGACUACCUGAAGCGGCAAAACAACCCAGAGUCUGGUGAAGUCACUGUGCGAGUUGUCCAUGUCUCUGAAAAGGUGGUUGAAGUUAAACCAGGAAUGAAGUCUAGGUUUGUGGAUACUGGCGAGAUGGCAGAGUCUUUUCCGUAUAAAUCAAAAGCUCUCUUUGCUUUCGAGGACAUUGAUGGUGCUGAUGUCUGCUUUUUUGGCAUGCAUGUGCAAGAAUAUGGCUCAGAUUGUCCACCCCCUAAUCAAAGGCGAGUAUACAUAUCCUAUCUGGACAGUGUUCACUUUUUUCAGCCUCGCAUUUUAAGAACAGCAAUAUACUAUGAGAUUCUCCUUGGGUAUCUGGAUUAUGCUAAGAAACUAGGGUUUACAACUGGCCACAUUUGGGCCUGCCCUCCCAGUGAGGGAGAUGACUACAUCUUCCACUGUCACCCUGCAGAUCAAAAGAUACCCAAACCCAAGAGACUGCAGGAGUGGUAUAAAAAGAUGCUGGACAAAGCUGUGGCUGACCGUGUUGUACAUGACUAUAAGGACGUUUUCAAACAAGCAACAGAGGAUCGUCUUACGAGUGCCAAAGAGCUGCCCUAUUUUGAGGGUGACUUCUGGCCCAAUGUACUUGAAGAGAGCAUUAAGGAGCUUGAACAGGAGGAAGAAGAGAGAAAACGGGAGGAGAACAAUACUUCCAGUGAAAGUGUAGAUGCCACGAAGGGUGACAGUAAAAAUGCCAAGAAAAAGAACAAUAAGAAGACGAGCAAGAACAAGAGCAGUCUGAGCCGGACCAACAAAAAGAAGCCUGGGAUGCCAAAUGUGUCCAAUGACCUGUCACAGAAACUUUAUGCAACAAUGGAGAAGCAUAAAGAGGUUUUCUUUGUCAUUCGGCUGAAUGCUGCACCCAAUUCCAAUGCUCUUCCACCAAUCAUGGACCCAGAUCCUUUAAUGGCAUGUGACUUGAUGGAUGGCCGAGAUGCUUUUCUGACACUGGCACGAGACAAACACUUGGAGUUCUCCUCACUGAGACGGUCCAAAUGGAGUUCCAUGUGUAUGCUGGUAGAGCUGCACAACCAGAGCCAAGAUCGAUUUGUCUACACCUGUAAUGAAUGUAAACAUCAUGUUGAGACUCGUUUCCACUGCACCGUUUGUGAGGACUAUGACCUUUGCAUCACUUGCUACAACACAAAGACUCAUGAACACAAGAUGGAGAAGCUGGGUCUGGGCUUGGAUGAUGAGAGUAACAAUCAAGCUGCUGCCUCCAUGCAGAGUCCUGGAGACUCACGCCGCCUUAGCAUCCAGCGUUGCAUUCAGUCUCUUGUACAUGCUUGCCAGUGCCGCAAUGCAAACUGCUCACUUCCAUCCUGUCAAAAGAUGAAACGUGUGGUCCAGCACACCAAAGGCUGCAAACGCAAAACCAACGGUGGUUGCCCUAUUUGCAAGCAGCUUAUUGCACUUUGCUGUUACCAUGCUAAACACUGCCAAGAGAACAAGUGUCCUGUUCCAUUCUGCCUCAACAUCAAGCAGAAAUUACGUCAACAGCAGCUUCAGCACAGAGUUCAGCAGGCCCAGAUGCUUAGGAGAAGGAUGGCCAGCAUGCAAAGAACAGGCCAGCCAUUGAUAAGUGGAAAUGAAGGGUUGCCCUCACCUGGAAACAAUGCUACCACUGCCCCCGGGACACCUACACAAAGCUCUCAAACUCCCAUCCUACAUACUCCCACUCAGUGUCCAACUCCCGCAUCCCAACCUGGGGUUGUUGGAGGUCAGCAGCUCACUGGAAUGGUCCAGCAUAAUCAGUUCCAGCAAAUGCCUGCAGGUGGUGGGAUGAUUAAUUCCUCACAACAACAGGUCAUGCCACAACAACAGGCACAACCAUCCUCCAUGCAGCAACUUCAGCAUCCCAACAGCCUUCCUCCAUACAUACAAAGACCUCCUGGUUCAUCUCCACUCUCUCAGUCUAUGGGGAAACCAGGCAUGGGUCCAGUCAGUUUACCUCAACAACAGCAGUCAAAUCCAGGCCAGUCAACCUUUUCCCCACAGCAGCCCUCAGGUCCCCCUGCUGCAGCUCUGGAAAUAGCCUUGAGAAUUCAACGAGAGGCAGAAACUCAAAGGCAGAUGGCUAACCAAAAGAGCAUGCAGAUUAAUCAGGGACAGGGCAUGAUGCACCCACACACCCUUCAUCAGGGCCCUCAGACCCAAAACCAGAUGGGCAUGAACCAUCCAGGAGCAGGAAUGGUGGGACCCCAGGGAAUUCCAUCCCAGGUACAGUCUGCAGUACCUAGGGCUCAGAUUGAACAGCAGCAAGUGAUGGUAGGAGGAGGCAUGCAGCAGCAAGGAGGGCCUCACAACCAACUUCCUCCUCAGGUGCAGCUACAGCAAGGGCAACAGGGUGGGCCUCAGCUUCAGCCGCCACAACAACAGCAGCAGCAGCAGUGGGGGAACCCUGGAAUGCCUCCCCAGCAGCGACCAGGAAUGAUGAGUCAAAUGGGUCAUCCAGGAAUGGUAACGCAACAACCACAGCAGAUGGCUCAGCAACAGCAGCUUUCACAACAACAAGCCCAUUCUGGGGUAAUGAACAUGGUUGGCCCGGGUGCUGCUUCAGCCACAGGGACUGGCAAUGGAGGUCUCCUUCAGAGUGCCUUGCAAGACCUACUUAGAACACUCCGGUCUCCCAGUUCCCCUCUUCAGCAACAACAGGUUCUAAACAUAUUGCGCUCAAACCCUCAACUUAUGGCAACCUUUGUGAGGCAACGUGCACCCAGAUACCUUGGAAGAGGAGGCCCUGGAGCUGGCGGUGCAGGCCCAGGAGUCAUGGAUGGCCAGCAGCUUAAUGUAAAUACGGGGGCUGCUCAACCUGGUAUUCACAUGGGUCAAGGAACAGGCAUGCCCCAGGCAAAUCCGCAGCAGCAGCAGCUGCAGCAGCAGCAGCUGCAGCAGCUACAGCAGCGUUCAAUGAUGGGUGUGAACAUGCAGCAGCAAAUGGCUUUGCAACAACAGCAAGGUGUUAUGCCAGGCCAAGGCUCCAACAUGUCCAACAUCUCUCUCCAGUUAAGAGAGUAUAAGAGGCAACAACUGCAACAGCAGCAGAUGGGAAACCUUAAUCAGUUUCAGCAUCCUCAGCCACAGCAACAACAGGGCUAUCUCGGCCAGCCAGGGAUGCCUCCUCAGCAGCCUGGUCAGCCUCAAGCUGGUGGACUCCAGCAGCAACAGCAAGGAGGACCACAGACAGGAUUGCAGCAGAACUAUUCAGCACCCAUGUCUCAGCAGGUGGCAGCAGCUUUACAACAGAGGUUGCAGCAGCAACAGCUGCAGCAGCAGAAUGCCAUAGGUGGGCUCCAAGGAGGAGAUAGUGGUCCCGGAGGUGGUGGUUUGCUCCAGCAGCAGCAAUUACAGCCCCAUCAAGGUGGUCCUCAGGCCAUGCAAGCACUGCAUCAAAGACUUCUGCAGAAGCAGCAGCAGCAGCAGCAGCAGCAGCAGCAGCAGCACCAGCACCACUUAGGCGGCGGGUCUCCUGCCCAUCAUAACAAUCCCAUGAGCCCUCAGCAGCAGAUGUCCCAGUCUCCGCAUUUGCAGAGUCAGCAGUUGUCAACGUCCCUUAGCAACCAGGUGCGCUCACCACAGCCAUCACCACGGCCCCAGUCUCAGCCACCCCACUCCAGUCCAUCUCCUCGCUUGCAACCCCAGCCUUCUCCCCACCGCAUCUCUCCUCAGACUCAGACUGGUUCACCACACCCUGGCCAUCUCCCCCAACAUCACACGGGCAUGGUGGCUCCUCCACCGCCACAACAGUCCCAGCAGCUUUCUCAGCAGCAACAGCAGGCGUUGGACCAAGCCCAAUUUGGGUCAGACCAGAAUGCCAUACUUUCACAGCUGAGUGGAAUCGGGACUCUGCAUGGGCAAGGCACUAAUGACAUGUUGACUGCUAACAACCAAGACAUGGGGACAAAUAUUAACCACAACUCAUCGGAUAUAUUGUAGCAUUACAGUCCUUAACGAACUGCUCCGGUUACCAGGAAUGGGUUGCAGUUUUAGAAUUUACCAUUGCUCUUCAUUAUUAGUGUUAUUAUUUAAUAUUUUUGAAGUAAAUAAAAGACUACACCUUCCUAUGGGAGAUACUACAUUAAAUGAGCAAAUUAAUAAAUUAAAUGAAUGGUAAGUUAUUGCUGUUAAUAUAUGCAUAUAUUUUUAGCCAAUUGUGUUCAAAGGGUUUUGGGUAAAAGGAUGGGAAGAUUUUCCUUCGUAUUUGAUGAGUAAUAUUUUUGGGGAUGUCUGCCUUUUAUAGCUAUUUUUUUAAGAUUUUAAUUGCAUAAAAUUAAAGAUAACGUUAACACAAUACUUUUUGUUGUUUUUCCUCCAUUCACGUUUAUUAUUGUACCCAUUUUUUGAAAGUGUUUACUGCUGAUGGUGAUUUAUUCUUUACCACCAUAACUCUAGUGCCCUUCAUAUCCCCCUGACGGUUAGCAAAAUAUUUUCUUUACGCGGCUACAAUUUAUAAAAUGGAUAUUUUUGUUAAGAACCAAGCGAAGAUGGGUUAAAUUUCUAUUUUUGUUUUUGUAUAGUCUUUUUGGGGGAUUGGGGCUUCUGUGAAGUUUUGAUGGGUUUUUUUUUUGUUAUGGCAGAUUGCAGUGUAUAUCUGUGCUAUGCAUGUCACGGUUUUCCCAUUUCCAUAUUUUUCUCAACUUUGAAUGUGUUGUCUAUUCUAUGCCCUUUAACACUGGGAUGGUACUAGGACUUCUGACACUACAGAUGUGCUGUAAUCACCGGCACCAUGCAGUGAUUUCUAGUGUAAAAAUAUAUAUAUAUUUUUUGACCAGAUGAUCUGGAUUUUUUAAUGGAAUCUUUGCCAACUUAUUGGCUCCAUGUCCCCAUCCUUUCUGUUAAAAAACACCACCACCAAAACAUAUUAUCCUGAUACUUUCCUUUGACUUUUUGAUGCUCAAGACUUUGGCAUUUCAAUGAGCUUUUUUUUACUGUAUAAAGAAACUGGACUUGCUUUUUGUAAUAAAAUGUACAUGGAACUGGAAAGGCGGUCAUCAAAAUUUCUACUGGUGUUUCCUCUUCAUUUAAUUUUAAAGGAGUCGUAGAACCUAAAGGGAAGCUUAAAGCCAGCAAGCUCCACGAGAAGCUUUAAUGGGCCAGGUGAUGGGUUGUAUGUAUUUUGGAAGUUUAAAUUUGAAAGAGUGGUUUGUGUGCUCUUUCUCUUUUGUUUUUCUAAACCACACAAACUUUUUCAGGGCACCUACAGUGCAUUUUCAAGAUGGAGAUGGAGGACUUUAUAAAAGAACAUAAAUGGCAACCUUAUUCUAUUUUUUUUUUUUGUCCUUCCUAAGAAUAACUGUUAAAGGGGUGGGGAAUAACCACAUGACAUGAACAGUUGCAAUAUGGUGUGAGACUUAUUUUAUGAAGUAAGAAAAUACUUGUCUUUUAUAUAUAUAUAUAUAAAAAUGGAUAUAUUAUUUAAUUCGCCUUUUGGAAAAUAAAACACUUGAAACAGGAGCUGAUAAAAGAAUUUUCUAAGAUGUUAUGUUGCUGCAAAAUGACACUGCUACUAUACCUUAUACAUCCCACUUCGGGGACUGCUGAAAAGGAUGUCGUUUUGAUGAAAUGUCUUAUACAUGCCUAUAUGAAUAUAUACAUAAUGAUUCACUGUACAAACCAUGAUUAAUGAACAGACUUUCUGCUGUUUUUGUCUUCUUAAUUUUAAAAUUGGACAAAGACCAUGUGAUUUGUUAGUUUUGACCACUUUUCAUGCUUGCUGAGAGGAUUGUUUGCUCUGUUUUCAAUUUUUUUUAUUUAAAUUAUUAUUUUGGUGGUCAGAUUCCCCUCCAAUAAUUUAAUUGUACAUUAAAGUAUGUUUCUACCAAUAAAAACACUUCUAUUGUGGUUUUACACA